AUGCGCGAGAUGCUCGCCGCGCUGCUCGCCGCGGCGGCCGUCGGCGUCGCCGCCAGUCCGACGACUUCGCCCACGACGGCGCCCACGGUGUCGCCCACGGUGGCGCCGGUUAGCCUGCCCCCGGGCCAGUGGGAGCUCGUCUUCCGGCAGACCGCGGAGCACGGCGGCGGCUGGUUCCGCUCGGAGGACGAGUGGGUCCUCGGGACGGUGUCCUGCGAGGCCUGCGACUCGCACGGCGCCUGCCCCGUGGACCAGGAGGACCGCACGGUGACGCUCGGCCUCGAGCACCGCUCCUCCUUCGAGCUCACGCUCGACGUCGACAGCGAGGGAAGCAAGGGCAACUCGGGUCGCCUCUUCUACUUCGCGGGCGCCUCGAGCAUGAUCCUGGGCUGCCCGACGAUGGCGCCGACGGUCUUCUUCGACGACUUCCAAUUCGAGCUCGUCGUGGACUCGACAGCGCCGACGGCCGCGCCGUCUGCCGCGACGACGACCGCCGCGUCGACGAGCACGCGGGAUUCCGGCGCGCUCGAGGAGCAGGACGGCGCGGACUUCGUCGUCGUCGACGCGGGCGAGUACGCCUACUCGUUCGACGCGUCCUACAGCUACAGCUACGCCGGGACGGACUCCCCCGGCGAGAUGAUCUUCGACGCGGAGUUCGACUUCGGCGAAUUCACCGCGCCCGACGAAGGCGCGUUCGACGCGGAGGACACGGUCCUCAUCUCCGAGCCCGUCGCCUCGGACUGCGCCGCGAUCUGCGCGGGCCACCGGCGCCGCCUCCGCUUCGGGAGCUUCCGCGGCGUCGGCGACUGCGAAUGCUAG